ACCAAUUUUCGUACGAGGUAGCAAGUAACCGCUACGCCAAUAUAUCAAUGGUUUAUAAAAUUUUACAUAUUUAGAUAAAUAUCUGUCAAUGAGCAGCGAAUCUCUAUCAAGUGCGACGACCCAGGAGGCUUUGGUGAUUGUAGAUUACAUCUCUGGAGUAGGCAAAGUUAUCUGAGAUUUCCUUGUUGAUGCAUUUCUCCUUCUACGUCACGAGCAGUACGAUGUGCAAAGCAAAUUGUUGGUCGUUCUAAUAUUUUGGCUGUUUUUCAACCUGUUUUUGAUUGGGAUAGCCUGGCAAUAUUACGGUCAGAACAUCUGUGAGAAAUUGAAUCGCAGUAAAGAAAAAUAAUCAUGUCAGCAAUUAAGAAAUUCUUCCAAAAGAGGAAACUAGAUGUGAAGUUUAAGCGAGCAGGGGAGGGUCAUAAACUGACUGAUGACACCAAAUCUGCAGGGGGACCCUCAUCGCGCCCCCAGUCGGUCCAGGCAUCUAGGUCAGGUCUGAGCGAGGAAGCUGCCCGAGCAGCAGAGGCAGCCUUGAUCCGAACCAGUAAAACCCAGAACAAGUCAGAUCCCAACUCAGUAACAAAAGCCAGGAUGAGGAGAGAGAUGGAAGAGGAGAAAAGGGCCGCAGAAGAAGCCAAAAAGCUGGCGGACCGAUACAGAGAGGAACCCAAGGAAGUUGUCAAAGAUGCAGCACCCGUUUUAUCCACCAUACUAUACACCUGUCCAAAUAUAGGGCCUGCAAUUUUGCCAAAAGAAGAAAUGAAUGCAUAUAUCCAUCAGUUCCUACUGUCUCAGCUGGGUGAAGAACCAGAAAUGGCUUCUGCCCUCAUGAUCCAAACCCUCAACAAGAACAAAGAGAAAGUGAAAGUAUGUGUUGAAACUCUGAGCAAAUAUCUGGAUAAUCUCAUCAGUAACCCAGGGGAAGAAAAGUUCCGAAGGAUAAGACUAUCCAACAAGGCUUUUACAGAGAGAGUUAGGGAACUGGAAGGAACGGAUGAAUUCCUGCAGGCUGUAGGAUUCAAAAUAUCGUCUCUGCCAUUUGAGGACGGAGAAACAGAUUUUUAUGUGAUUGAUGAGGAGGUGGCGAAAGACUCUGCUCGCUUGGAAAACAUUAAGGAGAUUCUUCUCACAGCGGAACCCAUUAAACCCCAGCUGGACAGAAAUUUGAAAGUUUACCAUCCUUCUCCUUCAGCAUCAAGAUUUAACAUUCCCGACGAAUUCUACAACGUCUCUCCGGCUGAGCUAAAGAGAGAGCAACAGGCGCGGCAAGAAGCUACUGAAAAACUGGGAAUGUUGCGCACGAAGGCCAUGCGAGAAAGGGACGAGAGGAGAGAACUGACAAAGUACCGCUUCGUCCUGAUCAGGGUGCGAUUCCCAGAUGUGCUCCUUGAGGGAACUUUCAAGGCAAAUGAGCCAUUUUCCUGCCUAGUUGAAUUUGUGAGAGAGAAUCUAGAACACGACUGGAUUCCGUUUCAUUUGAGCUCCGCAGGUGGACAAAAGAUUACGGAUCACUCCCUCACGUUUGCAGAGCUGGGCCUGGCCCCCGCUGCAGUUGUUAAUUUCACCUGGGACCAACAAGUCAUGGCGGAGGUCAAUGCCCAGCAGGGUGACAAAGGAAGUCAGGCUUCAUUGAAGCAGGAGGUCAUGGCAUUGAUUCAAAACUUGUAGAAAUCUACUAUGUUAAUUUUUGGCAUUCCUCAAAAAUUCAAGCAUGUUUACAAGCAUGAUUCAUGAUAUUCAGUCUGUGUUAACUUUUUGCAUUUCAUAUAAAUUUACAAGUGGAUUUGGAAGCAUGAUUCUUGAUGCUAGAAAAACAGAAAGAGAAAGUAGAAAUUUCAUGACAGGUAAUAAAGCUAAUGAAAGUUCUGAUGUGAUAACAGAUAAUCUGAUAGAAUGGGGUUUUUUUGCAGUAUGAAGUAAACUAGCUAAUUUAAAUAAAUAUUCCCAUCUUUUGUGCAUGCUAGUUAAAUAUAGGGAGAGGGAGAAAGAAUUUUUUGUAAAGCUGUUUGUUGAAAAACAUACAAAAAAUUAUUCAGUUAACAUUGUUGUGAAAUCCUAUAGUAUUCUAAAGUUUUUGAGUAAACAUAUUCAGAAGUUAGUACCCCUGUGAUUAAAAAAGGCACUUUGAAAUUAUGAAAAAGGAUGCUGAUUUUUGCAAAACAGAGGGGAGGGGAGGAACAAUCGAGGGAUAAAUAAUAUUUUAAUUUGGGUAGGGUAAAUAUUCUUGAGGGUUGAUUAAUUUCACAGUGAUGAUUUUGAAGUGUGCAAUGGAAAUUUUUUAUUACGGGGUAAGAUAAAAAAUGUAAACCCACCGACAUCUCCCUCUAUAGGCUGAAUGUAACUUUGUCAAUAUUGAUUCCAUAUGACUUUGACUGUUCAAAGUACGUUACAAACUGUAUUUGUACAUGUAUUAUACUAUUUUAUACAUGUAACAAAUGAUAUACAAGAAAACUACCAGCAUUUCCCAUUCAUUAUGAAAUUUCACUUCAAGACACAAUUUCAUAUACUGCAAAACCAACUACCGGUAUUAUAAUGGAAGACUUUAUUUCAUGAAUUACCCAAGAUGAACUGGUUCACAGAGACUAAUUUUCGCAACCAAGCGAUAUCCACAUUUUUUCUCUCUUUGUUGUAACAACUAUAUAGUGGACACUGGUUCCGCAGCGAGAAAUAUUCGUGACAAUAAGGCGCACACAAACCUCAUGAAAAUUUCUCGCACGCAAAUUAAAGUGUUUACAAUAUCUUUAAAAAUCCAGCAUAUAGUACUGGUGUGAUGUUUCUUGUUUUAUUAAUUAAAUAGCACAUUAAUUUCAUCUUUGCUAUAGAUAAGGCUUGUAGGCCUCUCCUCGUGUAUUGGAAUGAUUCACCCUAAUAGCUAGCAAAAUUGAUGGACAAAAAAAGAAAAUAUUCUAUCUAAAAAGUCAAGAGACAAUAUCUAAUUUCCUUUAAUAUUAAAUAGACUUUUAUAUGUAUAUGAAUGCCAUUUGUUAUUGUUUGCUGCAUAAUUUGUAAUUGCUUCUGUUACAGUACUUUUUUCCCGGCAUACACUACAGGUUAGCCUUGUCGUGUUUAAAAAUGUUACUCAUAUUUACUUACUUGUUCAUGAGUAUUGUUUUACUGCCUGUAAGUUGUACAUGUUAAAGACAUCAAUUUAUUGAAUUAAAAUUCUGUUGGGAGAUAAUUUUCAUUUCUUCUGAUUUUAAUCUAAAUCAAGAUAAUUUCUGCUAAUUUCCCUUUUUUUUUAUUUACUUGCAUGUUAAAUGUUUUGUGUAACUUGAGAGGUAUCAUUUAAUUUAAAUUAAUUUUGUGAGGAGAGAGAACCUAGAUUUUAAUUGGGUCAAAGUAUUUUGAUGAAAGUUUCUAUUUCCCUGUUUUCUUCCUUUUACCAAAUGCUAAUUGAUUUCUUAGAGGACUAGGAUUUUAUUCCAGUCACUAAUCAUCUAUAUAUAUUCCAGUUUAGAUUCUCUUUUGAAUUUUUGAAAAUCUCUAGUCUGAGGUUGUUAAUAUGUAAAUAAUUAAGUAAUAUUUAUUGAUAUUUUUUUUCUCAAAAGCGUAUAAU